GAGAUGCCCCAGAUUCUGCCUAGAACAGCUCUUUUGCCCGGAGAGAGCUACCCCGGGUAUUUCCCCACAAGUCAUCUUUCACGAUACCUCCUAUAGACGGGGAUCAUUCCAGAAAAUGGAGUAAUUGUUGUUUUAAGUAAGAAGGUAGCCGAUGCGACAGGAACACGAAUAUGAAGUCAACGACACUCCACGCGUAUGGAUCAUCCGAAUCGGGGCUGCCUCCCGAAGGAGACGAUAAUAUCGGCACAUGAUCUUCCACCUUGACCGCACGUACCCACGGGGAUAUAAGUAAAGGCUGGGUGGGAACCUGCACAUGAGAUUCAGUCGAGCUGCAGUGCAGGUAGUUGAGCCAACUUUAUAAAUUCUGCCCAAAAUGCGUCUCGCCGCCAUAUCAAUACUCUUAGGGUGUCUACACGCAGCCGCAAGCGCCGUGCCUCGACCAAGGCCACUUGUGCCAAAGUCCGCGGCAGCCGACGCCUACACAGGCUACGCAUUCGCGUAUUUCACCGGGAAUUCCCGAGCCGGCGAGAACAUCCAUCUCGCCGCGAGCAAUGGCAACAACGCGCUCAACUGGGUCGAACUCAACAACGGACAACCAGUCCUCACAUCCACGGCCGGCACGAAAGGUCUCCGCGACCCGUUCAUUCUGCGCUCGCAGGACGGGUCGAAGUUCUUCCUCCUUGCGACGGAUCUCUCGAUCGGAUCAGGCACAUCCUGGGAUGCCGCAGUGCGCAAGGGAAGUCGAUAUCUGGAGAUCUGGGAGACGACAGACCUGGUUACUUGGUCUGCGCAGCGACAUGUCCUAGUAUCUCCUGCGAAUGCAGGGAAUACGUGGGCGCCGGAAGCGUACUACGACGAUAGUAUUGGGAAAUACGUCGUCUUCUGGGCGUCUUCACUGUACGCCGAGAACGACCCGAAUCACACGGGCCGAUCGUACCAUCGCAUGAUGUACGCGACCACGAGCGAUUUCAAGACGUUCAGCGCGGCGCAGAUAUGGCAGGACGCAGGGGACUCGCGGAUCGAUUCUACGGUCAUCGAGUAUGAUGGCGUGUAUUACCGCUUUACGAAGGACGAAGGCCGUGUCACGGGGUGCGCGGAUAUCAUACAGGAAAGCAGCGCGUCGCUGACGGCGCAGCUGGGUUCGUGGAAGUCGAUCUCGUCGUGCAUUGGGAAGAACGCGGGCACGAGGGCCGUGGAGGGUCCGACGGUUUUCAAAGCGAACCCGGGCGAUGUCAAUGGGGAUAAGUUCUAUCUAUUUGUGGAUGAGUAUUCCGGGCGCGGGUAUAUUCCGCUUGAGACGGCGGAUAUUGCGAGGCCGAGCUGGAAGGUCUCGCGCUCAUUCAAGCUGCCUGCUAGUCCGCGGCAUGGGACUGUGAUUCCGAUUACGGCUGCUGAGUUGGCGCGGAUUAAUUCGGCGUAUAGGAAGUGAGUACGAGACAAUGAUAGCAGUAUGUCAUUCAGAAAAGAUCGUUUCUACCAUAUUGACACAAAUGGUCGCGUCAAGAAUAUUAAACUCUCUUUAAUUAACAUGUCAUGUAACCCCGUGCAGCUGAUAGCAAGGCGCAGCUACAAUAGCUGAUUCAGCUGCAUAGCAGCACAAAGGAAACGUGACGUAGAGUCUGCGACAUGCUUCGAGCUGCUACCCCUUUUUUUCUUUGUUCAACACUCAUAUUGUUCGAGCUCCCAAUUUUCUCAAUGGGCUCUUGUUUCUUCUAGCUAGGUUUAUGCUAUAUAGAAGCGAUUAUAAAGCUGAAUGCUAAAGGCACGAAACAAUGUGCUUGAAAUCU